AAGGUACUCUCUCUCUCCACACAGACAGUUCCUUCAUCCCCACCUCCCACUCAUCGCAUCCGAUUCUCUCCCCGCCCAAUUCUUCGAUCGUUUCUUCUUCUUCUUCUUCUUCUUCCUCCUUUGCGAUCUCGUGCCCUUGCGUUCAACGAGGGCGUUUGUGCCGGUUUCGCCUUCUUAUCGCCGCGAAAUCAGGAGGUCUCGUCGUAGCUCUCUGGCUUGUUCGGGUUGAUCUUGCUCGGGUUCCUCGGCUUCGUUUUAUUUCAUGGUUAGGAAAGAGGUCGGGAUUGCUUCCACAUGAUUCCUUGGGGUGGUCUGAGUUGUUGCUUGAGCGCAGCUGCUCUGUACCUUCUGGGCAGAAGCAGUGGAAGGGAUGCAGAGGCUUUGAAGUGUGUUUUUCGGGUGAACCAAUUGAAGGAAUUAGCACAGCUUUUGGAUAAGGAAUCUAAGGUGUUGCCUUUGGUUGUCACACUUUGUGGAAGAGUGGGCUCUGACACGCCAGUUAAUUGUGAGUAUAGUGGUCUGCGAGGUGUGAUAGUGGAGGAGACGGCAGAGCAACACUUUUUGAAGCACAAUGAUGCUGGUUCUUGGAUUCAAGACUCUGCGUUGAUGCUAUCUAUGAGUAAAGAAGUUCCCUGGUACCUGGAUGAUGGUACUGGCCGCGUGCAUGUGGUGGGGGCCCGAGGAGCCUCAGGUUUUGAACUAAACAUUGCAAGCGAAGUGUUUGAAGAGUCUGGACGAUCUCUUGUACGAGGAACAUUAGAUUAUCUUCAGGGUCUCAAGAUGCUUGGAGUCAAGAGGAUUGAGCGCGUUCUUCCUGUUGGUUCCUCCUUGACUGUUGUCGGUGAGGCCGUCAAAGAUGAUAUUGGGACGGUGCGGAUCCAGAGACCAUACAAAGGGCCCUUUUAUGUAUCUCCAAAAACUAUUGACCAGCUGAUUUCAAAUCUUGGCAAAUGGGCUAGGUGGUAUAGGUAUGCUUCCGUAGGGUUUACAGUAUUCGGCAUUUGUUUGAUUACAAAACGAGCUAUCCAAUACAUCAUGGAUAGAAAGCGACGCUGGGAACUGCAGCGAAGAUGCCCUGAAGUAUUUGGUGGACUGGACAUAACAUGAAUCUGCCAUAUACGGAUAAUAACUGCCAGCCAUAAGUUCUGUGCCAGUGACUAACAUGGGAUGGCUAUUUUUUGCAGCUCACAAAAUCGUAGACCAAUUUUAUUUUGUUUUAAACUGGACUUUUGGCUGGAGAUAUAUUUAGCUAUUUCCUUCUCUUCACACUUGCAUUCUAUUUGUCAACAUCAAAGUUUUAUUUGAAGAUGUUCUUUAUUGCUUCCUCUUCUUUUCGACUUAUAUUCUUCUUAACUACAUGUGUUCUGUUGAAGUAUAUAAUGGAUAUUAGUCAGGAGCUAAUAGGUAGUCAUGAGUAAGGAAAUUAGGAUUUUGUUAGUAUCUCUCCUGCCCUAUAAAUCGAGCGAUCUUAUGUACCCUUUCAUUAAUCUACUUGGUAAAGAUGUACCUCUGAAUUUCUCUUGCUCUCUGCCGAACAUCUAUAUAUUAUUAGUCAUCAAGAGAGAGGACCCAAAUAAAGACCCUAGAAUGCCAAAACACAGCUGUUUUUUCUUGCUGCUAGUAAUAAGAAAAAACAGAAGGGCUUUUGUCGUCUUCUCCAUCAAGCCAGCUAUCGUGUUCUCUGUUUCAAGCUAUACUCAGUCACUCACUGUUAUUUUUUUGAGCCCAUCUUCAGUAACGCAUCAUAAUCUUCUUCUCUGGCAAGGACUCGAGCUUUGUCCCUUGCUGUCUUCUCUCUUCGUUAUUAUUUCUCGUCAUCAGGAGGAGCUUGUCGCCGACCCAGGUCAUCCAGAUCUGGAGAGUUGUGCAUUCUCCUAUGCUCGCCGCCACCAGUCACCACCGUAUGACCUUCCUCUGUCUGCUACAAUUUCUCUCUUGUGGGCCAUUGUUCUUCUUCGUCUCUAUCCGCCUUCCGUCAUCAUCGUCGCAAGCAGUCCUGGCCAUGAGCUCAUCCUCCGUAUUUGUCUCUGACGAGCUCAUCCCAUUUGUUUUCAGUGUUCGUCAUCAUUUGUCUUUAGCGAGAUAUACCAGUUUGGUCCUUUUAAAACCCUAACAACCUCUACCGUGAAUGUCUUCCGUUGUGUGACUCAUCUUCGAUUACGAACAUCAGAACAUCAUUGACUAUCAAAAUUUCUGUCAAGUUUCCGGGCAGCUGUGAGUGUUGGAGUCAAACACACCUUUGUCGAGCAACCAGAGUCGAGCACUGUGAGGUGAUGCAAUUCAUUUUGCCGCAAUUAAUUAUCGGGGAAAGACACACCGGUAAAACAGCAGUAGAUAAAGUUAGGUUCUCACAUGAUCAUUUCUUUGUUGUUUGAGGACGAGGACAGUAUCAACUUUCCGGUCUUGAUUUGUUUUUUGAGUGCUUCUGUCAAAUAGGACGAUAAUGUGGCUUACAUUCAUGUUGUCAGCUUACACAAUUGUCGUUGUAUAAAAUCCGGUUGUGGAUGACAGGACCCUUCUGAUUAAUAUGAAAUCAAGAAGUUGUCUUUCAAGACAAUUGCUAGUUUAAUGUUUCUUCCUCAUGCUGAUUGAUAUUCAGAUAUUUGACCUUUUUAUGUUACCUAGCUCAAAUUGCUAUCUUUGCUGGGUGGUCUCUGGUUGGUUCUCAAAUGCCUCUUCUGCUUCUUCUGAAUGUCUUUCCUCUUAUUUGUUUUCUCGAUUUCUUUCCUAGUCAUACUUCAGAUUUUUUUUUUUUUUGUUUUCUAUUGGUAAUAAAUCAGGUGCUUUUCCUUCUGGAGACUGAUUGGUUAUCAGUAGCAUAUCUUGGUUAUUGUUCUCUUUCUGCAUAAUGUUGGUUAAGUCCUCUCCAUGCAGGGUUCUUGCAGCUGCUGCUAGGAGAUCAGGACAGGAUACUGAAG